AUGACCACUUUACUGUUGGUGUUUGUGACUCUGAGGGUCAUCGCUGCAACCACCCCAGUAGAAUUUUCAGACCAUGACACCUCGCUGAGCGUGAGCAUCCCCCAACCUUCCCCACUGCGGGUCCUCCUCGGAAGCUCCCUCACCAUCCCCUGCUACUUCAUCGACCCCCUGCACCCGGUGACCACCGCCCCCUCUACCGCCCCCCUCGCCCCGAGAAUCAGGUGGAGCCGCAUUUCGAAAGAGAAGGAGGUGGUCCUGCUGGUUGCCACUGAGGGACGUGUGCGGGUCAGCAGUGCCUACCAGGACAAGGUCUCACUGCCCAACUACCCAGCCAUCCCCAGCGAUGCCACCUUGGAGAUCCAGAGCCUGCGCUCCAAUGACUCUGGCGUCUACCGCUGCGAGGUGAUGCAUGGCAUUGAGGACAGCCAGGCCACCCUGGAGGUCGUGGUGAAAGGCAUUGUGUUCCAUUACAGAGCCAUCUCCACGCGCUACACCCUGGACUUCGACAGGGCACAGCGGGCCUGCCUGCAGAACAGCGCCAUCAUUGCUACCCCCGAGCAGCUGCAGGCCGCCUACGAGGACGGCUUCCACCAGUGCGACGCUGGCUGGCUGGCCGACCAGACGGUCAGGUACCCCAUCCACACGCCCCGGGAAGGCUGCUAUGGAGACAAGGAUGAGUUUCCUGGCGUGAGAACCUACGGCAUCCGAGACACUAAUGAGACCUAUGACGUGUACUGCUUUGCCGAGGAGAUGGAAGGCGAGGUAUUCUACGCCACAUCCCCCGAGAAGUUCACCUUCCAGGAAGCAGCCAAUGAGUGCCGGCGGCUGGGCGCCCGGCUGGCCACCACAGGCCAGCUCUACCUGGCCUGGCAGGGCGGCAUGGACGUGUGCAGCGCUGGCUGGCUGGCCGACCGCAGUGUGCGCUACCCCAUCUCUAAGGCCAGGCCCACUUGUGGGGGCAACCUUCUGGGUGUGAGGACCGUCUACCUGCAUGCCAACCAGACAGGCUACCCAGACCCUUCAUCCCGCUAUGACGCCAUCUGUUACACAGGUGAAGACUUUGUGGACAUCCCAGAGGACUUCUUCGAGGAGGGUGGUGAGGAGGACAUCACCAUCCAGACAGUGACCUGGCCUGAGGUGGAACUGCCCCUGCCCCGAAACAUUACUGAGGGUGAAGCCCGGGGCAGCGUGAUCCUUACAGUGAGACCCAUCUUCGGCGUCUCACCCACUGUCCCGGAGCCCGAGGAGCCCUUCACACUAGCCUCCGCCUUCCCUGAGGCUGAGAACCAGACUGGAGAGGCCACCAGGCCUUGGGACUUUACCGAGGAAUCCACGCUGGGCCUGGCGCCUAGGGCCUUCACCAGCGAGGACCUGGUCGUGCAGGUAACCAUCUCUCCAGGUGCAACCACGGUCCCUGGGCAGCAGCUCUUGCCAGGGGGGGUCGUGUUCCACUACCGCCCGGGAUCCACCCGCUACUCGCUGACCUUUGAGGAGGCGCAGCAGGCCUGCCUGCGCACAGGCGCAGUCAUCGCCUCCCCAGAGCAGCUCCAGGCAGCCUACGAGGCGGGCUACGAGCAGUGUGACGCUGGCUGGCUGCAGGACCAGACCGUCAGAUACCCCAUUGUCAGCCCACGGGCCCCAUGUGUGGGCGACAAGAACAGCAGCCCAGGGGUCAGGACCUAUGGUGUGCGCCCAUCAACAGAAACCUACGAUGUCUACUGCUACGUGGACAAGCUCGAGGGCGAGGUGUUCUUCGCCACACGCCCCGAGCAGUUCACCUUCCAGGAAGCUCUGGAGUUCUGCGAAUCUCACAACGCCACGCUGGCCUCCACGGGCCAGCUCUACGCUGCCUGGAGCCUCGGCCUGGACAAGUGCUAUGCUGGCUGGCUGUUGGAUGGCAGCCUUCGCUACCCCAUCGUUACCGCACGGCCCGCCUGCGGUGGGAAUAAGCCUGGUGUGAGGACCAUCUACCUCUACCCCAACCAGACCGGCCUCGCGGACCCGCUGUCCCGGCACCAUGCCUUCUGUUUCCGAAGUGCUUUAGUGGUGCCCUUUCUGGAAGAAGAAGAGGGUAGCACACCCAUACCACCCUCUGGCAUAGAAGACUGGAUAACUACCCAUGUGGUGCCUGGAGUGGCUGCUGUCCCCUCGGGGGAGGAGAUGACCGCAGUCCCAGACUUCACCAUUGAGCCAGAAAACCAGACGGAAUGGGAACCAGCCUACACCCCAGAGGGCACUUCCCCACUGCCAGGGAUCCCUCCUACAUGGCCUCCCACUAUUUCAGCAACGGAGGAGAGCACAGAAGGCCCUUCUAUAACUGAAGUACCCUCUGCCUCAGAGGAACCAUCUGCCUCAGAGGCAUCAACCCCCUCAGCGGAGCCAUUCACCUCAGAGAAACCAUCCCCCUUAGAGGAACCAUCCCCUUCAGAGGAACCAUUCCCUUCAGAGGAACCAUCUGCCUCAGAGAAGCCAUCCACCUCAGAGGAACCGUUCCCCUCAGAGAAACCGUCAACCUCGGAGGAGCCGUUCACCUCAGAGGAGCUGUCCACCUCAGAGGAACCAUUCAUUUCAGAGGAGCCAUACACACCUACACCCUCAGUGCCUAGCUGGACUGAGCUGCCAGGCUCUGGGGAGCCAUCUGGGGCCCCUGAAGUCAGUGGUGACUUCACAGGCAGUGGAGAAAUUUCAGGAGGCUUUGACUUCAGUGGGCAGCCCUUGGAAGAAAGUGCAAGUGGACUACCCUCUGGAGACCUUGAUUCUUCUGCAGUGGGCUCAGGUGUGCCUAUGGAAAGUGGGCUGGCCUCAGGGGAUGAAGACAGAAUUGAGUGGUCCAGCACUCCUGAGGUUGGCAAGCCACCCACUGAAGGCAAGGACAUAGAGGGCUCUGUUUCUGGAGUAGAAGACCUCAGCGGGCCUCCUUCUGGAGAAGGUCCAGAAGCCUCUGCCUCUGGAAUAGGGGACGUCAGUGGACUUCCUUCUGGAGUGGAAGGUCCAGAAGUCUCUGCCUCUGGAAUAGGGGACCUCAGUGGACUUCCUUCUGGAGUGGAAGGUCCAGAAGUCUCUGCCACUGGAGUAGAGGACCUCAGUGGCCUUCCUUCUGGAGAAGAAGGUCCAGAGGCCUCUGUCUCUGGAGUAGGGGACCUCAGUGGACUUCCUUCUGGAGAGGAAGGUCCAGAAGUCUCUGUCUCUGGAGUAGGGGACCUCAGUGGACUUCCUUCUGGAGAAGAAGGUCCAGAAGCCUCUGCCUCUGGAGUAGGGGACCUCAGUGGACUUCCUUCUGGAGUAGAAGGUCCAGAAGCUUCUGCCUCUGGAGUAGGAGACCUCAGUGGGCUUCCUUCUGGAAGAGAAGGUAUAGAGACUUCUGCCACUGGAGCUGAGGAUCUCAGUGGGUUGCCUUCUGGAGAGGAAGACUUGGUAGGGUCUACUUCUGGACCGUUGGACUUUGGCAGACUGCCUUCUGGACCUCUAGGAAGUGGGCAAUCUCCAGAAGCAAGUGGACUUCCCUCUGGACUUAGUGGUGAAUAUUCUGGAGUGGAGAUUGGAAGUGGCAUAUCCACUGGCCUCCCUGACUUUAGUGGACUUCCAUCUGGGUUCCCAACUGUCUCCCUAGUGGAUACUACAUUGGUGGAAGUGGUCACAGCCGCCACUGCAGGGGAACUGGAAGGGAGAGGAACCAUUGGAAUAAGUGGUGCUGGAGAAGCAUCUGGGCUGCCCUUCAAUGAGCUGGACAUUAGUGGUGGAAUUAGUGGACUACCUUCAGGAACUGAACUCAGUGGCCAGGCAUCUGGGUCUCCUGACAUCAGCGGGGAAACAUCUGGACUCUUUGGCAUUGGUGGGCAGCCAUCAGGCUUUCCUGACAUCAGUGGGGAAGCAUCAGGGCUUUUUGAAGUGAGUGGGCAGCCAUCGGGGUUUCCUGACACGAGUGGUGAAACAUCUGGAGUGACUGAGCUUAGCGGACUGUUCUCUGGACAACCAGAUGUCAGUGGAGAAGCGCCUGGAGUUGCUUAUGGCAGUGGUCAACCAUCCGGCAUAACUGACCUAAGUGGAGAAAUAUCUGGGGUCCCUGAUCUCAGUGGGCAGCCAUCAGGGUUGCCAGGAUUCAGCGGGGCAGCAUCUGGAAUCCCUGAUCUGGUUUCUGGUGCUGUGAGCAGCAGUGGUGAAUCUUCUGGCAUUACAUUUGUGGACACCAGUUUUGUUGAAGUGACCCCUACUACAUUUAAAGAAGAGGAAGGCUUAGGAUCCGUAGAACUCAGUGCACUUCCUUCUGGGGAGGCAGAUUUGUCAGGCACAUCUGGGAUGGUGGAUGUCAGUGGACAAUCUUCUGGAGUAGUCGACUCCAGUGGGUUUCCAUCCCAGGCUCCAGAAUUCAGUGGCCUGCCAAGUGGAAUAGCUGAGGUCAGUGGCGAAUCCUCCAGAGCAGAGAUUGGAAGCAGCUUGCCCUCCGGGGCAUAUGAAGGCAGUGGACUUCCAUCUGGUUUCCCCACCAUCUCUCUUAUAGACAGAACUUUGGUGGAAUCUGUAACCCAGGCCCCAACAGCCCAGGAAGCAGCAGAAGGGGCCUCAGGCAUUUUGGAACUCAGUGGUGCCCCUUCUGGAGCACCAGACAUGUCUGGAGAUCAUUCUGGACUUUUGGACCUUAGUGGACCGCAGUCAGGGCUGGUAGAGCCCAGUGGAGAACCUCCAAGCACUCCACAUUUUAGGGGAAACUUUUCCAGCAUCACCGAUGUAAGUGGAGAAGCCUCUGCAGCCACAGGCACCAGUGGGAAGGCCUCAGGACUUCCAGAAGUUACUUUGAUCACUUCUGAUUUUGCGGAGGGUGUCACUGAGCCAACUCUUGUGAAACACUCCCAGCUUUUUGAGUCCAGUGGGGGAACCUCUGCGCCUGGGGACAUUAGUGGAGCUACACCAAGGUUCCCCAAGUCUGAGGUAGAAGCGUCAUCUGUCCCCGAAUCCAGCAGUGAGACAUCUGCCUACCCUGAGGCUGGGGUCGGGACAUCUGCUGCCCCCGAGGCCAGCGGAGAAGCUUCCACGUCCCCGGAUCUGAGUGGAACCACGUCGGCCUUCCACGAAGCUGAUCUCAAGACAGCCUCCGUCCUGGGCAGUGGCAGCGGCACCUCUGCCUCCCAGGAAGGCCCCAGGGAGGGGUCAGCAGCCCCGGAAGUGAGUGGUAAACCAACCACCCCCUAUGAGGUGGGCACAGAUGCAUCGGGCUUGUCUUCUGCCACUCUCCUAACUUCUGGAGACAGAACUGAAGCUGAUGGAGACCUGUCUGGUCACACCUUGGGGCUGGAUGUUGUCAUCAGCACCAGCACCCCAGAGGCUGAGGGGACCCAGCAGACCCAGCGCCCUGCAGAGGCGCAUCUAGAAAUCGAGUCCUCAAGUCCCUUUCACUCAGGAGAAGAGACCCAAACAGCUGAAACAGCCAUCUACCCAACAGAGGCUGCCGUCCCAGCUUCUCCAGAAAAGACAGGUGAAUCCUCCCCUGGGGCUGCAGCCCCUGCCAGGUCCUGUGCUGAGGAGCUCUGUGGCGCUGGGACCUGCCAGGAGACAGAGGGACUCGUCACAUGCCUGUGCCCCCCUGGCUACACUGGCAAGCUCUGUGACAUUGACCAGGAGGUAUGUGAGGAGGGCUGGACCAAGUUCCAGGGCCACUGUUACCGCCACUUCUCCGACCGCAAGACCUGGGUGGAUGCCGAGAGCCUGUGUCGAGAGCAGCAGUCACACCUGAGCAGCAUUGUCACCCCUGAGGAGCAGGAGUUUGUCAACAACAAUGCUCAAGACUACCAGUGGAUCGGCCUAAAUGAUAGGACCAUUGAAGGGGACUUCCGCUGGUCAGAUGGACACCCCUUGCAAUAUGACAACUGGCGCCCCAACCAGCCAGACAACUUCUUUACCACCAAAGAGGACUGCGUGGUGAUGAUCUGGCAUGAGAAGGGCGAGUGGAAUGAUGUCCCCUGUAAUUACCUCCUGCCUUUCACGUGUAAAAAGGGCACAGUGGCCUGCGGAGACCCCCCCAUGGUGGAGCAUGCCAGAACCUUUGGGCAGAAGAAGGACCGAUAUGAAAUCAACUCCCUGGUGCGGUACCAGUGCGCCGAGGGCUUUGUGCAACGCCACGUGCCCACCAUUCGGUGCCAGCCCAGUGGGCACUGGGAGGAGCCUCGGAUCACCUGCAUGGACCCCUCCACCUACAAGCGCCGGCUACGGAGCUCCAGAUCCCCGCAGAGAAGCCGCCCCAGCUCCGCCCACUGA